GCGGCGUGCUCCACUGCGUUGACUGGCGCACGAGCCUCGACAUACGUUGACGUCCCUGCCGCGCCAUCUUUAGAAACAGUGAGCUCAACACUGAAUGAAACUUAAUUUUCGUCGUUUGUUGGGAACUGCUCGCUGUAUGGAGUGAUAUCCUUGGCUUUCCAGACCAGCGACUUACAAUCAAAACCUUCAUCAUUUUAUUUUUGCCUCACAUGGUUUUCAGUAGCAUUUAAAAGCAAUCGUUCAGCUGCUCAGACCCGGUGUUUGAUCAGUAGAUGCGAUCAUGGGUGUCAAGGUUCAGCGCCCUCGGUGCUUCCUUGAUAUUGGAAUCAGUAACGUGCUCGUCGGCAGAAUUGUGGUGGAGUUGUUUUCGGACAUCUGUCCCAAAACUUGUGAAAACUUCAGAUGCCUCUGCACAGGUGAGAGAGGCACCGGUAAAGGAACUCAGAAACCCCUGCACUACAAAGGAUGUCUGUUCCAUCGAAUUGUAAAAGACUUCAUGAUUCAAGGAGGAGACUUCAGUGAAGGCAACGGAAGAGGAGGUGAAUCCAUCUAUGGAGGCUUUUUUGAAGAUGAAAGCUUUGCUGUUAAACACAACAAGGAAUACCUGCUGUCUAUGGCCAAUAGAGGCAAAGAUACAAACGGAUCCCAGUUUUUCAUAACAACAAAACCCUCACCACAUCUGGAUGGUGUCCAUGUGGUUUUUGGUCAUGUGAUCUCUGGUCAAGAGGUUGUUCAAACCAUGGAGAACCAGAAAACGGAUCAUAACAGCAAACCAUAUGCUGACGUGAAAGUGUUGAAUUGUGGAGAGCUGGUCCCUAAAUCUAAAGCAAAAAAGAAUGAAAAAAGGAGAGAGAAGGCCUCCUCCAGUUCCAGCAGUAGCUCCAGCGACUCUGAAAGCUCCUCAGAUUCCUCCUCUGAUUCUGAAGAAUCAGAGAAAGAAUCCAAGAAGCGGAAAAAGAAGUUAAAAAAGCUAAAAAAGAAACUAAAGAAGAAGGACAAGAAAAGGUCAGAUGCUGAAAGUGCUGAAGAGAAAGAACAAGAGGAGUUGGUUACAUCUACCGUACGUCCUGAGGAAAUCCCGCCCAUCCCAGAGAACCGAUUCCUCAUGAGGAGAAGUCCCCAGGCAGUUCAGAAGUCAAAGGAGGAGGCUGAAAAGGAUCAAAGAAAUAAAGAGGAAAGGCCAAGAGAGAGUACUGGCGUAACAUAUAAUUCUCAGUCAGCAUAUCAUAGAAGACUGGUGAUGACACGAUCCGGCAGGAAGAUAAAAGGCAGAGGUCCGAGGAGAUACCGGACUCCGUCACGCUCACGUUCAAGGUCCAGAGAUCGUUUUCGGCGUAGUGAAACUCCUCCACACUGGCGUCAGGAGCUGCAGCGCCAGAGGAUGAGGGCCGUCACUGGAGAGCGCUGGAUUAAGGGUGACAGAGGUGACAUGAAUGAGGCCAAGGAUGAGGCUGCUAGAGCUCCAAGAAGAGAGAGACGGGCCUCCAGCACAAAGCAUGAAAAAACAGCUGAGGGUAAAAAAGACAAGAAAACUCGGUCACAUAGAUCCAAAAGCAAAGAAGAGGACACUGUAGAGAAGGACGAGAAGCAUAGCAAACACAAGGCAAAGAAACGAGAUAAAUCUCAAAGCCGCAGUAAAAGCAGAGAAAAAAAUAGAAGGUCAAAAAGUAGAGAUAAGGGUCACAAGCACAAAAGUGAUGACAGGAGAGGUCGCUCAAGAAGCAAAGACCAAAAUGUUAAGAAAGAAAAGGAAUCAGAAUCUGAUCACAAUAAAGAUAGAAAUAAGGGCCACGAGUCUGACAAAAAGCACAGAGAGGACACAAAAGGAAGAAACGGUGAGAGAACUAGGACAAAGUCAAAAAGCAAGGAAAAAACAACUACAAAAGACGGGCGUAGAUCAAGCAGUAGAAACAGGGAUAGAGGUGGAACUGCAGUGUCGAAAGACAAAGAAGAAAAACGAGAGAAAGACAGAGAGAGGGGCAGGGAACGUAGCAGGAGUCAGGAAAGACGACGCAACAGUGAAAGGGAGAAUAAGAGGCGAGGAACGUCCAGGGACAGGGAACAUCGAACAAGAAGUCCUGACAGAAAUAAGACUAGAGACUCGCACAGAAGCAGGCGCUCUAGAAGUAAGAGUAAUAAGAGAGACCACAGCAAAGAUCGAGCUUCUCAUAGAAAAGACAAAGACAGAGAAGCCACCAACCAAAGGAGGAGACGUAGCAGCAGUUCCGAGAGUGAUAGAAAUGAGAAAAGGAAGAGUCAAAAGAGCCCAGAUUCCAAAAGAAGAGCAAAAAGCACCUCCAAAUCCAAAGACAGAAGAAGUCCAGCCAGACCAAGACCAGAUAGUACAAAAGGCAAAGGCAGAAACGACAGCAAGAGGAAUAAAUCGAGCUCUAGCUCCGGCUCUGACAGUGACUGAGCCUGUGAUUGUAUCCUAAAGGAACAGAUUGGGAAUUUUUGAAGUUUGUCCCGAUUUUGUACCUACUACAUCUAUAGUAAGAAGCACCAGCUUUCUAUCUACAGUGGGGCAUUCACAUUCCUCAUUCACUGCAAAAAAAAACAACCCAUUUCACAGUUCAGCAAAAGCUAACAUGAGCGUACAAACGUCAGUCAAAGGUCUUUUCCAAAACAGCUCACAACUGUAAUACACUAAUAAGAAAUCCCAACAGAUAGAAGCCAUGUUUGAAAGCAGAAAAAACCUGUCGUAAACAUUUAAUAUAACUACCCAAACCUGCAGUUAGAAAUCUGUAGCAUCAUUUGCGCUUUGGCUGAACUGUGGAGGGCAUUUUGGCAUUGAAUGAGCGUUGUGGAUUUGUUCCACAUUAACUGUGUAACACUCUUGAUGGUAGCUGAAGCUGCCAGUUUAGAGAAAAGGAUUUGUGGCUGAAAAAGAAACUCAACUACAGUGUGUACUGUACAUCAGCAGUGAGUAUAAAAGAACCAAGUUCUUUUAAUCGUACAUGACCAGAGGAAGUCAGUUUGAAGGAGGUUUUUUUUUUUUUUUUUUUUUUUUUGUUAAUUUCGAAUUCUUUUGUACAUUAUAUUUUGGCUGAACCAUCUCUCUGAUUUCAGACUGUUUAACAAAUUUAAGAUUUUACUGCAACAGAUCAUCUCCUGCUAAAACUUUUCUCCCCUGAGUACAUUUUUGACUGAAAUUUGUUUUAAUGUUGUUUAAUGCAGUUGGUUUGGGGGAUUAGAAGCGCCUCUAAUUUUGGCAAAAGUCUGACAUUAACUUGUCAAGUUAUUUUUGCUACAACAAUCAGUCUGGAAGAGAUCAUCAUAAUUUCUUGCAUGCAACUGUAUCCCUGUUAUUGUUAGAUCAAAUAUGUACAUCCAUGACUUUUUUUUUUUCAUGUACAUUCACAACCUAACUGUAAUCCUAUUUGUUAACUGGUUUUGAGAUACCUCUGAAUUUUUUUUUUUUUUUUUUAAAGAAAUGUUACUCAUGCUGUAAGUACAACAUAAAAUCAAUUUGUAUAAAUUGUGUUUUGUGCAAGUUGGUUUUAAGAAGAAGAACUCAACUAUAGAAUGAAUUAAAAUGCUCAAUUUGGAUUUUAA